CCAGUCGUGAGCCAAAUAUCAAAAUCACCGCACAAAGUUCAAACCACAGUGCUGCAUAUCAAAGUGGUAAGGCUGUAGAUGGUUGUCGAAAACAAAUCUUCGACAGCCAAAACUGUUGUUCACAUACAUAUCCAGAUAAAAAGGAGGCAUGGUGGCAAGUAGAUCUAGAAGGACUGAUCGUUAUGGAAUACGUUAAAAUAUACUACAGAGAUCAAGGGAAUCAGCAACGACAACGAUUUGGUGGCUAUCAGAUAUACCAGUCGAACACAUCGGAUUGGCGGAACGGUUACCUUUGUCAUAAAGACACACCAUCAACGGCGGCUGCGUUGUCGUUGACUCCCCAUAUACAAUGCACAGUUAGCGCCCAGUACCUGACGAUAUACAGCGAUAGACGGUCAGGAGGUUUAUCGUGGUACUCUGAUAACGCUAUUCUGGAGCUUUGUGAAGUAGAAGUGUACGGUUGUCCGCUUGGGAAAUAUGGUGAUGGUAAUUGUGAUACAGAUUGUGAUGUAGGCUGUGCCAAUAGCCUGUGUGAUCCAGUGACCGGAAGAUGCGCAUACUGUGCAGUUGGACACUAUAGAUCUGGAUCUUUAUGUGUAGAAUGCCCCUUAAAUUGUUAUGAUGACAUAUGUAUUGUAGAAUCCGGUGUUUGUUCUGCGUGUACUCCCGGUUAUUAUGGCAACCACUGUAAUCAGACUUGUUCGUUCGACUGUAAAGACAACCGAUGUAUGCAAAGCAAUGGAGAGUGUGAAGGUAUGUAUCACUGGAAAGUAUGAAAAACGUGUAGAGAAAUGUGUUAUCUAAGGAUUAGUUAGGAAAUUAUAUAUAAUUCACAUAUGCAUGUGUCAUGUUAACAUAGAUAAAGCAAAUACAUGCUGAUAACAUUAGGAUUUUUUUAUAACGUCUAAAAAAAUAAAACUAACGUUGGUUUUCGGUAAAAUUAAAAUGAUCUUUGCAUUUCAUACUUGCUUAAACGUUGGAUACCAAUAAUAUCUUUCAACAUCAGGAA